UGACAACCAAUAUGGCAGGUACUGCAGACCAGUGGGUCCAGAUGCUGCCCAUGCUGAAGCUGAGCUCCGUGCACUCAGCCAGAUGACAACUGUGCAUGCUUAUGCCAAUGAAUUCCAGAGCAUCACAAGCUGUGUUCCCAACAUGUCAGAUGAUGACCAGCACCGCUGGUUUCUGUGUGGUCUUUCUGAAAAAAUCCGCAAGCCUGUUGAGAUUGCACGCCCACAAACAUACAAUGACGCCCGCCAACAUGCCCUUGCUGAGGACAUCGAUUUUUCGGUUUCAAUCCAGCACACAAAUUCUGCAUCCCACCAUGUGCCUGCACCACCCCCUUGUGAUCCAUUGGCAAUGGAUGUUGAUGCUUUCCAGGCACCAUGCCUGAACCAUCUUUCUGAUGGUGAGCACAACCACCUGCACCAAGUAGGCACCUGUUUUAAAUGUUGCCAACCAGGCCACAUCUCACGUUUUUGCCCACAAGGCCAUACUCCUCAUGUUAACAGGUGAAUUCAAUAAGCAUCCUUAAAAUUAUAUUCUAAAACUAGGAAAAGAGAAGAGAGGGAACUCAUAAAAUAUUGUUGUUGUUUUGCCCUUUUUAUGGCUGUGAGUCUUUCUACUCACAAGGAAAAGGGCAACUGAUGGGCAUUUCUUAUUAGGGAAAUCUGUGCCCAACAAACAU